GGAGCUAUCCUCGGCUGCAGUGCUGAAACAUCCUUCGCCCCAUGAUGUGGUGCCGUCGUGUUGUCGCCAUCGCCGCGCUGCUGAUCGCCCUGUCGGUGAACCGGACCGCCUCGGCUCCAGCAGGCGGCCGGUACGAUAUGGCUCUGCAGUCGUCUAUCGCCCAGGAAGACGCCUUGCUCCGUCUGCUCCGGGUGGUCGCGGAGGCGGGCGGCGAAACUGGGCAAGUGGCCGUCGCCGAUACCGUGAUCCCAGCCGAACACGACACACCGCCCGAACUCCAGUCUCGUCCGCCGGGAGCGAGGAUGCGGAAGGAUUGCAUACACUUCUUCUGGAAAACCUACACACUGUGUUAACGGAGCGAGGCGGAGCCCCGCCGGGACACCCCGGUGUUUCCCCCCGUCCGGGCGUGCCCUACCCGCUCCCCACCCGCUCCUACAUACCCGCCACCCCGCCACCCUGGCACCCCCAGUCGCUCUUCCACCCACCCGCCCCGACUAUAGUUCGUCACAAACCAUUUGCGUCUGUCUCUAGGAAUUUGAACCUCCAUCACUCCUACCUUAUUCUUUCUCUGUGCGACAAUAAAAAAAGGUUUAAUUCUUUACCCCACGGUUUGAUUCCGGUUUGG